ACGCGCACACGAUUUGCACAACCACCACCGCAACCGAAACAAAAACGUUGCGAUGUUUGCGUGAAGCACGACGACGACGGACGGACGGACGAGUUUGCAAUCAAAACUGUUCGUUCGCUGCUGUGUGCAAGUGUGCUGGCUGCUCUGCUGCCCAUCAAGUGUCGAGGAAAAAACUUCCAACUUGCGAAGAUUUUCUUCAAUCGUCGUCGUCGAUAGAUCGUCUUCGUCAUCGUCGCGAGCGAUAGUCGCCCGUCUUGCUGACUGUGUAGUGCGCGGAUUAAAAUUUCCUGAAAUUUGGAGAUUCUGAUGUGAGACGUGCAAAAUCGUCAUUCGCGAGUGUCGAAAGCAGUGAAGUGGCUAUCCGCUGGUGGACGAAAACCCCGAGGAAGCUGCAGUUCUUCGUAGAAUUAUCGGGUACCUAGGUACUUCCUGCGUGGCUGGAAUUUUCAGAUGUUCUUCUGCUGAUGGUGACAAGUGUGUGCGAAAAAUUUAUUUUCGGGUUGCAUCGAAAUCGCGAUUUUUUGUGUGCGAAUCGGUCGGAGGUUAGUGGUUUUUCGACGGAGGAAGCAACCAUCGAGGGGGGAAGUGAAGAGACGUCCGAACAAGAACCAGUUCAAGGAAUCGUCUUUGUGUGUGCUGUGUGGAUCUGGCUGACUGUGGUGGACGGCCUUUGGGGGUCGAUUUUGGAUGCAAUCUUGAAGCAACAGAAAAAAAUUGACGACUGUCAAAAACCCCCUUCUAAAGAAGAAAAUCAAGCAAAACACAGUGCAACCAAGUGUUCCCGUUUGGGGCCCCCUUCUGGCACCGAAAGUGGUCUAGUCUAGUGUGUCUGUGUGAUCUGUGUGUGUUCCUCCCGUUCGCGCGGCUGGUGGUUUCGUUCAGCGGAGAUAAUUUAUGCUACGCCGCUGCUGCUUGUUGGAAGAAUUUGGAAUUUGGACCAACUCGGUGACGACUACAAGAGGCUAAAGAGCGACUGGGAGAUUGGGACGGAAACGAUUCCAGUUGGAUUCGGUGAGGAACUAUUGUGGCUACUUUGUAUAGAAAAUUAUGUGUGAUAGCAACAGGAGCGUAUUAAAGGCAAUCAUUGAGUCUAGUUUCCAGAAAUUCUAUGAUUAGAUGUUUUUUGGCCGAAUUCUGUUAAUCAAGCAGCUGCCAACACGAUUCAUACAUAUUCUGCAGACAGAGAACGACAACACUACAGUAUUCGUUUAUCGCUCCGCCGUAGUAGAUUAAGUCCUGUGCUGUGCUAACUCGAAUAUAAGAAAAAAAAGUAGCCACAAACAGAUAGAGACGGAUUUUCCGAUGGUGGAAUCGAAAAAUUCCCAGACUAGCGAGCGCGACACCAUCGGACACGGAGGAUCGCGGUAAUGAUGUAAAAUCGAUUCGACAAGUCACUCUCUAGUCUGGGCCCAGUCAGUGCAGACGGUCGUGGUGGUGGAAGGUUCUCUCUGAAGCAAUUCAGUGGCCGUACGACACGAUGGAUUGUGAUCGGGCUGCAGUUCGAGCGUUCCAUCGUUGUCGUCGCUGUCGCCGCCGGUGAAUCACUGUAAUUAGAAAUUUCACGACGAGAUAACAGCGAGGUGAUGUUGUUGUGAUUCAGUUGGGUUUUCGUUACACUACGAUAUGAUAUGGUGAUUGUGUGCGGGAGAAGAUGAAAUGAUAAUUUCGCAAAUUGGUGGCCUCGAUUAAUCAUUAGUACCAGAAGGUGUCGCAAGUGGUGUAAACGAAAAUUGGAUUGAGCCGAAGAAAAUCCAUUCUGUGAAGCGAAAAAAAGUAUCGGUGCGAAGAAAAGGUGUGCAAACGAAUCUGUGCGAGAGAAGGUGUUGCGUGCAAAUUGCCACUCGGAGCGCACGGCUGCUGUCGCUUCUGGUGGUGUUGUUGGCUGAAGUUUUUCCCGACGAAGGGUGAAAAAGUUGUGAAAUAAUUGCGCCCGAGUGAAUGACACUGAUAGGGCCCGGUGCCCCAGGAAUGGCAUUUAUGAUGAAGAAGAAAAAGUAUAAGUUUACGGUGGAGCUGCACCUGGAGGAGCUGGUGGAGGUGCCCUUUGUGAAUGCGAUGCUGUUUGCGAAGAUACGGCUGCUGGACGGCGGAUCCUUUCAGGAAAUAAGCAAUAGGGAGGAGGUGAAAAAUCACACAGUCAAAUGGCGGCAAAAGUUCGAGUUUCCCUGCAAGAUGACAUCGAAUGCGUCCACCGGCGUGCUGGAUCCCUGCACGGUGCGGAUAUCGAUACGAAAGGAGAUUAAGGGGGGUAGGAGUUUUCAGAAACUAGGGUUUAUCGAUCUUAAUUUAGCCGAAUUUGCGGGAUCCGGACUGAUGUCUAGGAAAUGCCUCCUGGAGGGAUACGAUACCCGGCAUCGGCAGGAUAACUCUAUGCUGAACGUGUCGUUACGAAUGCACAUGAUUCAGGGUGAUAUUUUGUUCAAAGUUCCUUCGCCAAGCCCAAAGUCGAAAGCGCUUCCCCAGGAAAACCUCGGACUUGGCAUGCAGCCGCCUGCGUCGUCGGUCGUGGGCCCUCCUGCGGUGGUAGCCCCAGCCGUGACUGCCAAUCGCGUAUCAACCAAAGAUGAUUCAUCGAUAGCGUCCGGGUCGUCCGGAUUCGAUUCGCUGACCAAGAAGAAACCCCCACUGUUCGCCACUGCGGAUUAUCAGCAAUCAAUCGAGCUGGACCCGCAGUCUUUCCUAGUGACCGAUUCCGGUAUUUCCGAAUCUUCCGAGCCGCCAUCGUCCCUACUGGACACGUCCGUUGCGUCGCAAGCGACGCUUCCUUCGCUCAUCGGAACCAGUAGCAACGCGCCGCAGUCUGUAGUAGGAAAUGCCGUGGGUUCAACGAAUACGGUGACGAGCACGGCCACAGCCGCAGGAACGGUUCCCGGCAGCGUUGAAAUGGGUCAUUCCCGUAACUCCAGUAAUACUAGUCAAAUGUCCAAAGGAUCCGGUUACAGUAGUUUUUCCCACAGUCAACACUCGAGGCAAAGCUCCGAGGGCGACUCUGGACAUCAAAGAAACCCCAGUUCUAGUUCUAUCCCAAUGAGUGAAACGGGUUCGCUGGAUCGAAUGAAAUCGGCCGCCGAACGACGGAAGAAGGGAGCCAUGGAAAGUGACAGCGGCGCGGUGCCGACCGUUUCGGGCCGGGUGGAGGGCACCCGCGUCAACACCGGACUGAUCAUCGACGAACUGCUGAAGAACACCAAGCUGGACCACCUGGAGGAGUCGGGAACCGGCCUAGCGCUGUACAUCAGCAGCGACGGAACGACAACGCUCGGCAGUCACGAGGUCCGAAUGCCAGCCGGAGGGCUGCGGCAAGUAGUGAUGGAAAAUCCAAGAUAGUAGCAGCGGCAGUCCUAGAGAUCUGGCCAUCGACGACCAUUCACCAAAUGCAAUAUUAGAUGUCCGCGUAGAUGCCGCCGCCGCCGCCAUUUGCCGUCAUUAUUGCGCUUCCCCGCCAGCAUUACAUUUAGUAAGAGAGGAGUAUGAUGCAGUCAACCGUACGUUGGAUACGUUGAGUAGGAUGCGAGUUUGUGUGAUGAGAAUACCCGGAUGUCCGCGUGUGUGCGAGAGAGAGUGGUAAUUGCUGCAAAAUGUAUUCACUGUCACUGCUGUUCGGUUCGGUUUUCACCUGUAUAACGAUAUGUAGAUAGUACCGUUAUUUAGUUUUUUUUUUCUUUUGUUGUUAUCAACAUAGGGUUCGAAAAUUGAAAACAUCCAUCGGAAGCAGGUUUACUACAGUUCAUUUUUAUAAACUUUGUAGAAUGGAUGGAAUUAUUUAUUUACUUUUUUUGUUAUAAACAAAACAAAAUCAUUCGUUACACCAACAAGUGUAUUAGAAGGUGGCAAAUUAAAAAAGGGUUCUUUUUUCGCUGAAACCAA